AUGUGGAACGUUUCCAACAUAACGGAACCUUUACAUCAAACAUGGACAUACGGCGCCAUCGGACGUUUGACCUUUUGUAUUCUGCAGCUGUGUCUGAACAUCGGCAUGCUGUGUGUGUUUAUAUUCCGUCCAGCGCUGCGCUCCACUUUCACCGUCUACAUCAUGGCCCUGUUGUCCUUCAACAUCUUCUACUGCGCUGGCCAAUAUCCUCUGGAAGUCAUACGCCAAACUUAUCCUCGCUGGUGGCUGUCCGAGCACGCGUGUCGGCUGUAUCUGUACGAAAUCUGGGUCGUCUGCAGCGCCACCAUGCACAUGCACGUUCUCAUCACCAUCAACCGCCUCUGGGCGGUGGUUUUCCCUGUUUCCUAUCGACAGAACCACACCACAAAGGUUGCGGUUUUAAUGUGUUUGGGGAUGGUGACUUAUGUCCAUCUUGUCUGUUUUCCGUUAUACAUUCGCGAUCAGCUAUACUUUCAUCAGUCGGCAUCAGAGCACGGGUGUGUGAUGAAUAUAAAAGAGCAGAAUUUAUAUAGUACGCUCGUCGCGCUAAUCGGCUACGAUCUGCCUAUCGCUUUUGUUGUGUUUGCUUAUCCUUUUCUUCUGUACAAGCACAAACAACGGGGAAGAAGCGUACAUGGAGCAACAACGGGACCUUCUAAAACCUUGCCUACCUCUGAAACGCGAGGAUCAGUUUCGCAUGCGCAUCGAUCCAGAACCAACAGUAUUCACCCCCACGGUGGCCGGAAGGGAAAUGUGCGUCCAUUUCUGGUGCUGACGCUCCUGACCAUCAGCGUGUUCGUAUGCUGGACUCCGGAUACAUUAUUCUGGACUAUUUCCUGCUUUACUACGGUGACGGAAUUUCCGACGGUGGAAACAUUGACAAUGGUGCUGUACUCGAUGCAGGCUGUAAUGGAUCCUAUCAUCUUCGCCAUGUCUUUGGCUAGUUUCAGAGCAUAUGUCGUACAAUCAUAUCGCUCGUGGUGUUGCCGCAAAAAUUAA